AUGGCACUCCCGCGGUGGACCUCUGAGCGCAUCGUCUCUGAGCUCCAGAAGUUUUUGUACUUCGCCAUCAUUGGAGUCAUUGUCUCCACGAUUCACGUCAUUUCGAGCUCCAUCACAACAGCCUGCUUUGGCUUCGGUGCAGGCAAGGUCCGCAGUAAAUCACGCGCGGCACGUUUCCAGUCCUGGCUGGGCGGGCACAUUACGGACAAGACCGAAUACUCGACGCCCUCUGGGAAGUGGAUCCUCAUGUCGACUCGUUUCUGGCCAAUAACAGUCAUGGUGGAGAUGGCGUGUUCGAUGGCCCUGAUGAUAACGCUGGUAUACCUAUUACAAUUCGUUGACAGAGUGGCCUUUGACAACUAUUACCACGAUCAGUUAGCUUGGCCGUGGGAUCGGCUGUCCAAAUGGUAG